AUGAUGGCAAAGGGAACAUUACGACGUAUUUUACUUAUAGCAGAUAAACAGAAAACAGAAGAAAGAACUAAUGUUCAAACGAGAAUCUAUCGGGGUCGAAAACCACCUUUUGACAUGUCUUUUGAUACUGAUAAGUCUCUUUUAUAUGGUGUAGAGGAAAUACUUAGAAUCUUGAAUCUGAAUGCACCUGAUUUUACAAAUGAUCAUGAAGAGGAUGAUGAUAAUGGAAAGUCUAACAUGCAAACUGUCAUUCGAGACAAUAAUUUUGAGGAGGAAGAAUGGAAUGAAGACAAAAAACAUCCGUUGAUUGCAACAUCACAAAAAGAUAUUUUAGAUUUAGUGAAUCGUUAUUAUACAAUUAUAAAUCCAGAAAUUGAAAGCAUGAUUGAUGAAAUUGUGUUGGAUGAAAACGAACUUGAAGAUUUAUAUGUGCAUUACCAAUAA